AUGAAAAAUACAGUGAAAAAAUCUAAGAAAUCUAUCGAGAAUAUGAAGAGAAACAAGGAAAUAGGCAAGAAAGAGAAAAUUGAGAAGAUCCAUGAGAUCGACAAGAAUGAGAGAAUUGAAGAGAUGGAAAGGAUUAUUGUGCUCCUGAAUGAGGAGGAGAAAUCUGCAAGUGUUUCAUCACAAGUGCCUUCAACAUCUCAUGCGCGUCCAACAAGUCCAACUGCCUUCAAGCCUGCCUCAAAUAAAAGAAGUAAGACUUCUAAACAAAAUAAGACCCAAACAGACUUCAUGAAUUACUGCAAGAAUCAGCUUGAAAGCAAAAAUGAAAUUGAUGAAUUUGAUGCAGCCGCAAUUUCGUGGGCGAAAAAAAUUAAAAAGAUGAAUCCAACUCAGGCUAUUUAUGCAGAUAUGCUUAUCAAUCAAGUUGUAAAUAAAGGAUUAUUAAACCAAUUAACCGAGACAACGAUAAUUAUGCAACAAUCACCAGUUCCACUUCCACUUUUCUCACCGCCUAGCCCAUAUAGUGUUGCUUCAUCAAAUUCUUCAUUACAUCGUCCAGAAAGAACAUCUCAAUUACAUGCUUUAGAUUCAGCAAGUAUAACAGCUUACUAUGAGCAAGCUAGUCAGGAUUUUAGUAAUUAA